AUGGGUGAGAAGAGGCGUAGCGACGCAAAGGGACCGAAAUGGAAGAAGCUCAAGCAGGAGUCCGGCAAGCUCGUACUUGGCUCCAAGGGCAUAUUGAUAACAAAUUCCUUCUCCGGAAAGUAUAAGGAAGCUAUGCAAGAAGCUUUAUCGAUCCUGCGCCAGCACUGCGAAGAUUUUUACCCUUUGGACAACCAGCCGGUGGAAGCACCUGCUACAGGAGAGACAAGCGUACCAGAGACUGAUUUAAGGGGAGGAGCAAAGCAAGAGUCCAAAACUAGCGAUCACAGAGAGACCCUGGAGAGUCACCACCUCGAAAAGGAUGGACUGAGAGGGCCAGACUACGAUCUAGACAGAGAAAAGGAGGAGAUUAACAAGUACUUUAACAGGUUUACUCCGGGUCCCUGCAUAUCCAAGGGACUCAACUUUGUCUACUUCAACAAUGAGAGCGAUGUACCAUCAAAAUACAUCCAGGAGAUUUUCAGCGAGAUUAAACGCCACAAGAGCUACUCAGCUCGCUACCUCUCACGUCUAGUCCCAGUUGAUUACGUUUGCAACGCCACCUUUUCCACCGUACAAGAGACAUUAAGGAGGCUCAUUUCCAAGGAAUUCCCGGAAUCUACCUGCAGUAUAGAGUCAAGAACUACUCAAGAGUCAGAAGAUGUCUCUAGUACAAAGAAAUCGUCGGAUGAAACCAAAGAUGUUAUCACAUGGGCUCUGGAAUACAAGAGCACAAACUCAAAUGCCCUGAAGCGGCAGGAAAUUUUGGACCUCGUAGUAGCCAUGAUUGGGAAAAACUACAAGGUAGAAUUGAAGAAACCAGACAAACUCGUCGUAAUUCAAGUCGUAAAGGGACUCUGUGGCAUAUCCGUCAUUACAAACUACUCAGAAAUCGCACAUUUUAAACUUAACAUUUCAAUUCCUCGUGAUUAA